AUUGGAAAAUAAAAAGUUUCUACUGGAGGCUACAUAACUAUACCCAAAUUGUAAGAGGAAAGCAUCGUUGGAAUUUAAGGAGUACUUUUCCAAGCUAAUGGUUGGUAAAUAUCAGAGAACGUUAUUAAAAUUGCUUUUGGAAUUUUUUCCCCCAGAAUUUUAAGUAAAAGAGUUACAUUUGUGUAUUUUAAAUGGUUGCAGUGGUUGGAAGCAGAAGGCUAAUUGAUUAAAUUAUCUCAGUUUGGGUAUUCUUGUUUUCUUUUGGGUCUACCAGUGAGAUUGCUAAUUCUGAUCUUCCUUCCUCUCUAUUCUGUAGCUUUUUAAUAUUACUUAUCUGUAUACAUAUAAUUGUCUCCUACAUACAUUCUCUUAAUUCAUGGUUGAGAGAAUAUACUUAUUUUGUGGCAGCAAAUUGAGCAAUUUUGAAAUAUUGGCAAUAGAAAGCCAGCUGAUUUUCAAGUAAGAUCUGGGCUUUAAUUCCAGCUUUUCUGCUUCUUAGCUGUGUAAUCAUGGGCAAAGUGUUAUAUUUACUCUACCUGAGAUUACUUUCCUUACGUAUAAAGGGGAAAUGAUAGUAACACCAUUCAAGGAUUAAAUAGGUUUGUAAUGCACCCAGCUCGGCUCCUGGCACAUAGCAGAGCCUAGGUAAAUGCUUUCUUCUUGCUAACAUAUUAAAUUUUUUUGUUGUUUUUUGAGACUGAGUUUCGCUCUUGUCGCCCAGGCUGGAGUGCAGUGGCACAAUCUUGGGUUACUGCAACCUCUGCCUCCCAGUUCAAGUGAUUCUCCUGCCUCAGACUCUCUAGUAGGGAUUACAGGUGCCUGCCACCAUGCCUUGCUAAUUUUUUGUAUUUUUAGUAGAGACGGGGUUUUGCCAUGUUGGGCAGGCUCUCUCAAACUGACCUCAGGUGAUCCACCGCUUCAGCCUCCCAAAGUGCUGGGAUAAAUUUGUUUUAUAAUUAACUGUAGUCACAACAAUACUUAAUAUACUUUGGCAAACCAGUAAGUGUCUAGAACUGUUGUUCUAGACCAUGAAAAGGAGCUUAUAAGUAGUUGUCCUCUUGUGGGAGAAAUAUUUGAUAUAAUAUUAAUCUGUGCUCCUGAAAACUUGUAUUUAUAAAACUGAUAAAUAUAUUUGUUUUUCCUUUAAAACAGGGGUGUCCAAUCUUUUGACUUUCCUGGGCCACACUGGGAGAAGAAUUGUCUUGGGCUAUACAUAAAAUACACUAAUACUAAUAAUAGCUGAUGAGCUAAAAAAAUAAAUAAAUAAAAAACAUUUCAUAAUGUUUUAAGAAAGUUUACAAAUUUGUAUUUGGCCAUGUUCAAAGACAUCCUGGGCCACAUGUGGGACGAAGGAUGGAUAAACUUGCUUUUAAAUGUAUUAAAUUAAUCUUUAAAUAUUUUUAAUUAUGUAAGUAGUGCAUAAAUAUAUUUUUGUUGUAAAAAUGAUUCCAUCACUUUUUAGGACUAAGCUGAAGUUCUGUCCUUUAAGACAUUUCUUUUCACUUUCACAUCAUGUUUCCCAGAGUGAAUUAUUUUUCAAUGAUCAGAGCUGUAGUUCAGGCUGCUGCUUCAGGAAACAAGAAGCUUGCCAUAGAGAUCUUCAAGGGAAGGUUUUAAUUUUUAUAAUAUGUAUGUGUUUUAAAACAUUUUAUUUUUAUUUUUUUGAGACCGAGUUUCGCUCCUUACCCAGGCUGGAGUGCAAUGGCGCGAUCUUGGCUCACUGCAACUUCCGCCUCCUGGGUUCAGGCAAUUCUCCUGCCUCAGCCUCCUGAGUAGCUCGGAUUACAGGCACACGCCACCAUGCCCAGCUAAUUUUUUGUAUUUUUAGUAGAGACGGGGUUUCACCAUGUUGACCAGGAUGGUCUCGAUCUCUUGACCUCGUGAUCCACCCGCCUCGGCCUCCCAAAGUGCUGGGAUUACAUUCGUGAGCCACCGCGCCCGGCUAAAACAGUUCAAAAAUGUAUUAUAAUUCAGUUUCUUUCAAAAACAAAGCAAACUUAAUUGUUAGUUUUAGGUCUUUUCAUUAUAGUACAUAUAAAUCCGUCUUAUUAUUUACUGAGUGAAAAUUUGUAGUUUAGCGUAGAAUACAUUCAUUGUAUUAAAACCAUUUAUUGAGAGCUUCAUUUGCCUUCAUAUUAGUUCUAGGGGUGAAUCUGCACACAACAGAUAAAGGGCAGCUUCUCAUAUUGCUUGUAUUCUGGUGGAAUGACAUAAAUAAAUGAAAAAAAUAGAAGGUAGCUUUAAGCUGGCUAAUAAAAAUAAAGAUCAACUUUAGAUUGAGUGGUCCUGGAAGGCCUCUCUCAGGAGAGGUGACUGUUAAGUUGAUAACAGAACUAAAAGAAGUCGUAAUUCAUACAUAGUAGGGGAGGAGGCUGUACGCAGAGGGAGCAUACAGGGCAAAGGCCCUUUAGUUGGGCACCAGCAUAGUGUGUUGGGAGACCAGGAAGAAGGCAAAGGUGGUGGAGGGUUAGAAAGUGAGGAUAUGAGAUAAAAUUGGAGUUAUGAGCCAGCCCAGGUUUCUUGCUCCUGGUAGGACAGAGUCAACAUUUGGAUUAUUUUUGAUGCCCUGCGAAGUGACUGAGAGAUUUUAAGCUGGGGAAGUGAUGUGAGCGUGAUUGCUGUGGCAGAUCAACCAGUUGUUUCUGUUUUUGAAAUCUGGAAUAGUGCUUCAGUGAACGAAUCUUGUGUGUGCCUCUUUGUUCUUAGGUGUGAAUGUUUCUCUAGAAUAGGUAGGUACAUAAAAGUGAAAGCACCAGCUUCUAAAAUAUGCACAUUUAAGAUUUUUAAUAGAUACUGAUGAAUGGCCAUUCCAGGCAACUGAACUUUUAGCCUUCAUAUAGUAGUGUAGGAAAAUCCCUGUUUUUCCAAGCCCAACUAGCACAUUUUAACUCUUGCCCAUCAGGAUCUCACUGUUUUAUUUUGGUUUUUAAACUGUGAUUUUUAAUGUUUAUAUAUUUUUAGUGAUCAUUGUACUGUUCAUUAUUCUUAUCUUUUUCAAAAUGAAGUAUUUUCCAAUGAUCAUAGCCAUAGUAUAUUUAACCUAUACCUUCAGGAGACUUUGGAACUUAAUAUAGAUAUCCUGAAGAGAAGGUUUAUUUUUAUAAUGGAAUCAUGACAAUAAUGUGGGCCAUUAUUUUGCUUGCUAUAGAAGACUUGCAGGAUAUGAUGAUGAUGGUGAUGAUGAUGAUGAUGAAGGUUUCAUCCAAAACUUUAUAGUUUACUGAGGGAGACAAGAUAAAUUAUUAAAUCUCUCUGAACCUUUUCUUCCUUAUUCAUAAAAUGUUGAUAACAAAUGCACAUCUCUCUGAAUUGUUCCAGCGAUCAAAUUUAAGGCACCCUGAAUACAGAGAGUCUCAACAAAUGUGGAUUUCCCUUUUGCAGCAAGGCUUGAUGUGCAAUUCAGGCUUCUGCACACCUUAAAACAAAUGGGUCUUUCUGAGGCUUUCACCAGCUGUGAGUGAAAGGAGCAAGAAAAUUGGUACUGAGUUUAAGAUAGCUGUAGGGAGUGUCAGCACAAGGUGCAGGGGAAGACCAGGUGAUUGAAAGCGUCACUUUGGUAAAAGAGCUUGAUGCUUUCAGUUUUCCCUCUCUCAGCAGCUAUCAAUAAUGUGUGGGUUAGAAAAGACCCUCCAAAUAGCUCAUUUUCUCUUGUUACUGCUAAGCAGACUUGGCACCCAAAGGGCUUUUAAUUAUCUUACUUUCUGGCUACCCAGAGUUCUUUUUCUGAGUGCUUGCUUCAAACAUAUAUAGUAUUUUGAUUGUUUAGUCUUCUUACAGAUUUUUCAGUAAAAAUUGAAAAUAAACAAAAGUAUCUUUUUUCCUAGAAUCUAUAAUCCCUAGAUAGCAAUUUUGAAGGCAACUAUCAACAAAAUGAAGCUAAAAGCAUUAUUUUAAAGGAAUAGUGAUCAGUACUUUGUAACAUUAUGGGCUUAGCUGCUUUCUACAAAUUGAAUAAUUGUUUCCUCUGGAUUACUGGUAUAGGUAGGGAAAAUUUAUUUUUAAAUUGCUUUCAAAUGACUUUCCCAGUUUUAGAAAUGUAUACAUUAGUGCAGUUGAUAUGGGAAAAAAGUGAAUUCUACCUUCAAAUGUCCAGAAACUCACCCUGCUUUGAUGAGGUGAGAUAUGGUAGAGUUCUCAGAAUGUAUCUUAAUAUUAGAAUCAACCUUACCUUUAACUCUGAUGACCAAAUUGUGUUUAAUUUCUAGGUUGAAAUAGAAACAAGACAUCAUCAUCCUUGUAGAUUAAUUUAGAAAGGUUUGUUUUUGAAACCAGAGGACCUCUUAUGAAUCCCUGAUAUGUUUGUUCUGAAAAACAAAAAACAAAACAAAACAACUAUUCAACCUUAGAAGUAACCAAAACAUUAUUGACUGCCCACUAUGCACGAGGCCCUGUGUUAAGUGUUGCAGGAGCUACAAAAUAAGACUUGAUUCUUAAGGCAACACUAUGGAAUUGAUGGGAUAGGACAGUAAGGGUUCCUUUCUUCUUUUUUCUUGUUUAGGGUAAUGUGCCAUUAUGGAGUCUUUCCAAAGCAUUCAACUUACUUUUCAUUGCUACAGCUCUUUGUUUUUAUAUUGAUAUAUUUGGUAUAACAACUUUAUUUAGAUAUAAUUCACAUACCAUAAAAUUUUUCAUUUUUAAGGGGUACAAUUCAUGAUUUUUAGUAUAUCCACUGUUGAGUCUAUCUACUGUACACAACUAUGACCAGUGCCUAAUUCCAGAACAUUUUCAUCACCUCAAAAAGGAACCCUGAAUCUCUUAGCAGUCACUUGCUGUUUUCCCCUGCCCCCAUCCCCACUCUACUUUCUGUCUCUAUAGAUUUGUCUAUUUAGACUCCCUUCACAUAACACAGUGUUUUCAAGAUUGAUCCAUGUUGUGACAUGUGUCAGUACUUCACUGUUACUGCUGAAAAAAUUUCAUUAUAUGGAUAUACCUCAUUUUGUUUAUCCAUUCAUCAUCAGAUGGACACUUGAGUUUCUUCUUCUGGGCUGUUAGGUUCUUCCCCACCCAUGUUUAAUUUUUUUAAAUUAAUAGAAUGUGAUUUUAAAACAGUUUUAGAUUUACAGAAAAAUUGAGCAGAUAGUACCGAGUUUUUAUCUAUUCCCCCCUACACACACUAACAAAAUAAUAGCAUAGGACAUUUAUGUUGCAAUUAUUGAACUAAUAUUGACACAUUAUUAUGAAAGCCCACAGUUUAUUCAGAUAUCCUGAGUUUUUAACAUAUUACCAUUUUUGUGUUCAAGAAUCUCAUUUAGGAUAUCAUGUUACAUGUAAUAGUCAUGCAUCCUUAAGACUCCUCUUGGCUGUGACAAUCCCUUUGAUAUUGUUUUGAUGAACUUGACAGUUUUGAGGUCAGGUGCACAAGAUGCUCCUGUGUUGGAAUUUGAUGUUUUCCUCAUGAUUAGGGGUUUUUGGAGAAAAAUCACGGAGUACCAUUUUCAUCACAUCAUACCAAGGGUAUAUGCUAUUACCAUGAUUUAUGACUAUUGAUGUUGACACUGAUGACCUGAUCACCUGGCUGAAGGGGUGUUUAUCAGGUUUCUCCACUGUAAAGUUACUUUUUACCCCCUUUUUCAUACUGGGCUUGGAAGGAAAUCACUAUGUUCUGCCCGCACUAAAGAAUGGGGAGUUGUAGUCUACUUUUUGGGGAGUGGAGUGGCUACAUAAUUAAUUGAAAUUCUUCCUCAAGGGAGAGUUGUCUCCCCUUGUUCAUUGAUUCAAUCAUUUAUGUUUAUCAGUGUGGACACAUGAAUAUUUUAUACUUUGGGUUACAUUUUAAUUCUAUAUUUUGUUACUCAAAUUAUCCCAGCUUUGGCCAUUGGGAACUCUUUCAGUUUUCUCCUGUUCCCCCUUUGACAUACCCCCAUCAAUGUGGGUUUUGUGUUUCGUUUUGUUUUUGAGUACCUCCUUAUUUUUCUCCUUUCAUUUUUAAAUAACUCCAAUCCCUAUAGAAGUUGGGGCUAGAAAAACUUAACAAUGCUGCAGGUCAUCCAAUUCCUAUGCUGAUGGAAGAAAUGUGCCUCACCUGCAAAGGGCUGGGGAGGAGACAUCUAGGAUUAUUGUGGUUGAAUAAGACACCUGUCCUGGCCCUCCUGGAGCUUAGUUUCGUAGGUCACACAAGUAGUCAUUGGUAAAUUUGGGAUUCAAACAAAUCUGUUAGGCUCAGACCUGCCUGUUGCUUGUCCUCCAAGCUGCAUAUAAACUGAGGUGCCUUAAAGGGUAAAAACUUCAGGAGCAGAGAAGACAUAAGUUUUAAAAGAAGAUUUGCAAGAAAGCUGUUUUCCAGAUUUUAUCCUGAAGGCACUAGCUCAUUUAAGCUAUUUUUUUGUUAUAUUUUGCCCUUGUAGUUGGCUUCUGAUUUCUCACUGAACAUUCAAUGUCAUAAUUACAGACACUAUGUGACAAUCAAUGGCAUAUUUUGUGCUGCAUUUUUAUUACAUGGCACCCCAAAUUUUUCCCAAGUAGGUAGGUUUUAAAUUAUGAAUAUAUACGGUGACAUAGUAUCUUUGUACUCUAAUAAGAUUCUUAUUUAUAUAACAAAUAUUAAGUUUUAUUCCUCUGUAGUGCUACUUUAGACCCUGAGCUAAUUUAAAUGAAGCCAAUCUAAAAAUCGUGUUACUUCUAAGGAUAUUAAGUGGAACAAUUCUGCUGCCAUAUUACCCCUCCCCAGUACAGAUAGUGAAUGAGAACCCACUGAUUUAGAGACAACACUGCAGCCCCUUCUUGCCUCAUUGAAGUUCCUAGUUUUAUCAUUACAGUAAAAGCACUUAAUGUUGGCACUUCUAACAGAAUGAGGGAAGAGCCAGAGCCAGGCAGAGUAGUGUGUGCCUGUAAUCCCACCUACUCAGGAGACUGAGGCAGGAGGAUCACUUGAGCCCAGGAAUUCAAAGCCAGCCUGGGCAACAUAGAUCUUGUCUCUAAAAAUGAAAUGAUUAGAAAGGAAGGAAGGGAGGGAGGGAGAGAGAAGCCAUUAUAGACUGGGUGUAUCUUUUCUAUGUGGAGCCAUUUUGUAAGAACAGCAUUUUUUCAAACUGGGCCCAUACUGCUACAUGUGAAAUCAGUUUAGUUGGUUAUGACCUUUAAAAAAUAUAUAUAUAUCGGUAAUCACUAUAGUGUAAUUAUAUUGUUUUGUGAAACCCAUCUUAGAUACGUAUGUCUGUAUGUGCAAGAUUGUGAUAUAAAAUGCAUUUCUUACUGUGGUUAAAUAUUCAAAGAAGUUGGAGAACCAUUACUAUAACGGGACAGAGGACCCACGUGAGCUCUUCUGCCUUCCCUGAAUGAACUUGCACAACUUAAUGCUAAGACAUUUCAACCUUUUUGAAAAUUUGAGUCGGAGAGCAUCUUGGGGAGGAGAGGAAAAGGUAAAAGGGGCAAAGCAACACCCGCGCACGCCCUCCACCCCCCCCAACCCCCGCCUCAAACCCCCCAUUCAGCUUGGGAAUGUUGUUAGAACCUUAAAUAUAAUUCAGCUCACCAUUCUGGAUAAGGACAGACUCUAUCAAAGAAAAUGGGUAAUUACCCAGCUGUGAAACACAAAAACGUACUUUCACGUCUACACAUUCCUUUACAGACCACCGUGCACAUUUCAGCCUCCCCGCCUCCUGCCCGCCCAGCCGCCAUUUCUUUUCUCCAGGAGAGAAAGCUGCAUGUCUAAGUGGUCAUAGAUUGUUGAGUAUCAUACUUUCCUACCUCGUUUUUAUUUGCGCGGUUUUAAUUAUGCGCCUUAACAGAACCCAUGCAAAGCCCGGCCAACUAGCUUGCUGAGCUGGACGAGUGGAGCAUCUUCCUUGGUGGCAGGUGGGUGCAAGGAGGAGGGGUCUGGGCUUUUAUUAGGUCGAGUAUUUGCCCAGCAGACCCUCAUCAUUGGACUGCGUCAGGAGGAAGUGGCACCGCUCAGAGGUAGGGGAAGAAGGAUUAUAAAGGGGGAGUCCACCACACAUGGUCUUGAAGAAGCUUUUGUAAAAGACAACGUGCAUACUUUGCUGGACGUUGUUGGAAAGGAGUAGAAACAAGCAGACGAAAACAUCCCAAAGGGUAACCACUAGUGUUCUUGCAACAUUCAUCCCAGGCUUCCAGUCCAGCCCACCCCAGGCCAGGUGAUCGGCCACCGCAUCCCCUGCGACUGAAGAACCUGCUCCUCCAUGGACUUGCCAAGAGCUGAGCGCCUUCCCUCCACACUGCAGCGCAGCCUCCGGGACUCGGAUGGGAAAAACGGUAAAAUCAAUGUCCUGGGAGAGGAGGUAGAUGAAGACGAGGAGGAAGACGACGAGGAGGAGGCAAGCCAGCAGUUCCUAGAGCAGCAGCCCCAGCCGGAGCUGCAGGUGGCUCGGCGGGGCGGGGGUUCGCUUCCCAGAGAGCGCAACGAGGGCGGCGGCGGCCCGAGCGAGCCCUCGGACUUUGGCACCAAGUUCAGGAUACCGCCGAGGUAUGCGGCGGCCUCUGGAGACACCCCGCAGCCGGCAAAGCCCCCCUACUCUUACAUCGCGCUGAUCACCAUGGCCAUCCUGCAGAGCCCGCACAAGCGCCUCACGCUCAGCGGCAUCUGCGCCUUCAUCAGCGGCCGCUUUCCCUACUACCGCCGCAAGUUCCCCGCCUGGCAGAACAGCUUCCGCCACAACCUCUCGCUCAACGACUGCUUCGUCAAGAUCCCCCGCGAGCCGGGCCACCCAGGCAAGGGCAACUACUGGAGCCUGGACCCCGCCUCUCCGGACGUGUUCGACAAUGGCAGCUUUCUCCCGCGCAGGUAGCGUUUCAAGCGCCACCAACCGACCUCGAGAGCCCACCACCGACCCCACCCCUUCCCUCUUCCCGCUGCUCCGGCCGCCCUGCACAACCCCCACCCGGGCCUUCUGCUUGGGGCCCCUGCCCCGCCGUAGCUUGUCCCGGGGGCCUACUCCACCGCCGCGCCCGGGAGACGACCGUGCUCUCUGCUGCACCCGCAUCCUCUUCGCUACCUACUGCUCCCGACCCCCGCCUAUGCAGAGGCACCGGGGAAAGUAGAAGGCGCGGACCUGGUGACCCCUGGCACCCUUUCGGCUCUGCAGCCCUCGCUAGGUCCCCAGCCUUGGGAGGAGGGCCAAUGUCCCGCGUCCCGACCAGAAGGUGGAUGCAUCUCUUUCAGCAUUGAGAGUAUUAUGCAAGGGGUCAGGGGAGGCGGUACAGGGGCUGCGCAGAGUUUGUCCCCGACCCCGUGGAGCUACUGCCACCUGCUGCAGCGCCCAUCAUGCCCGUUGCAUCCCCAGACCGCUGCCCCUUUGCUGCACGUUUCCGCCGCUGCCGCGGCUCGGACAGUUUUGCAGCAAUAGCAGCAGCAUCAGGAGGAGGAAGUCUGCGCCGACAGCUGCGCUCCCACCAAGGGCGUGGUGCUGGGAGGGAACCUGUCGGCUGCCUCGGCGCUGCUUAGGUAUCAGGCAGUGGCAGAGGGCUCUAGGCUGACUUCGCUGGCUGUCCCUUUGGGCGGAGAAGGGAAUUCACCGGCUUUUUGAGUAGCACCCACGCCCAGUUCCCUGGCCAACUCCGCAGGGCGUUCCAAGAUCUAGGUGGGAGGGCGGAGGGACCCGCAGCUGCUCACUCCACCUUGCGCGACCGAGAUUGGGCCUGUGCAUCUGAAUCGCGCUGCAGAGCAAACACAAACUUCUGUUUGCUGCAAAAUGGUUAGAAAGGAACAGCUGGAUUCCAUUCCUCUAAAGACCACCUGAACGUAAACUUCGGAGGGCGUCAAGUCAUCUUUUCUUGCCUUCAGCUGUGGCUUCCACAGCUUUCCCGAUUUGCACAUUUCCUUGGGAAGUAUGAAAGUGAGUGGGGUAUUUUGUUCUGGUAUUAAAAGAAAAACAAGCAAGCAAACAAAAAACACAGUCUCCAACGCCAAACAUGUUCCCCCUUCUUCACUUCCAUGGAACUGGAAGUAUUAUUCCUAAGUGCAAAAUGCUUGUGCCCUCUGUCUCUUCCUGAUAGGGAUGUGUAAUGUAAGUGGGUUGUUAAUUUCAGAACAUUGAUAUCUGUGUGACUGACGUGCCAUCUUUCAUGUUAAAAUUAAGGUAUUAAAAUUAAGCCUAGUUAUAUAGACGAAAUAAAAUGCUAAGUCACUA